AUGGAGGAGGAAAGAGGGAACGGGAGCUCUCAGUGGGAAUUCAUCCUAUUGGGGGUCUCUGACCAACGACGCCUGGAGAUGCUGCUUUUCGUGGUCUUUCUGGUCUUGUACAUCAUGAACCUGGUCGGGAACCUGGCCAUCAUUGUGGUCUUGUGGCUGGAACCCUGUCUCCACACCCCUAUGUAUUUCUUCCUCAGCAACCUCUCUUUCCUGGACCUUUGCUACACCACCAGCACCGUUCCUCAGAUGCUGAUGAACUUCCGCAGCACCCACAAGUCCAUCACCUGGGCUGGCUGCGUGGCCCAGCUCUAUAUCUUCCUCUCGCUGGGCUGCACCGAGUGCCUCCUGCUGGCCGUCAUGGCCUAUGACCGCUACGUCGCCAUCUGCCAGCCACUGCGCUACACAAUUGUCAUGAGCCGCCGCCUCUGCCUGCAGAUGGCGGCCACCGUCUGGUUGAGCGGCUUCAGCAACUCCAUGCUGCAGACCAUCCUGACCGUGCGGCUGCCCCGGUGUGGGCGGAACCGGGUCGACCACUUCUUCUGCGAGGUGCCGGCCCUGCUCAAGCUGGCCUGUGUUAACACCUCCACUACCGAGGCCGAGCUUUUUGCUGUGAGUGCGAUCUUCCUGCUGGUGCCGCUGGGCCUCAUCCUGGUCUCCUACGGCUACAUCGUCGCUGCUGUGCUGAGGAUUCGCUCGGCCCAGGGCAGGCUCAAAGCCUUCAACACCUGCGCCUCCCACCUGGCCGUGGUGUCGCUCUUCUACGGCACGGCCAUUUUCAUGUAUCUACAGCCUCCGUCCAGCUACUCCCAGGACCGGGGCAAGAUGGUCUCCCUCUUCUAUGGCAUCAUUGCCCCCACGCUGAACUCACUGAUCUACACGCUGAGGAACAAGGAUGUGCACGGGGCCCUAAGGAGGGUGCUGGGGAGGCUAUUCGGGAGUAAGAGGACAUGA